AUGCGAACUUUAAACAAUCGAUUAGUACUUAUGAAAAUGCGUCGUUUAUUUGAAUUUUUAAUAUUAACUUUGUUUAUUGUUAUUAUUUUUACUAUUAGCUCAAAAUGGACUUCUAUAACAACAACAACAGUAACUGAUACUUCCAAACAUCUUAAUAUCAAAAUAACUCCUUUUCCUAUUAAUUCAUAUUUACCACAAGACAAAUCCAUAAAUUCAAAUGAUAAUAUAAUAAUAAAAAACUCAAACAACAAUGAUCCGUCAUCUAGUUUAGCAAAAUAUAUUCAUCUAGAUUUAAAAGGUGCACCACCGCAAGCAGAUAAAUUUUAUGAGAAUUUUUUUAAUUUUAUUGAUAAAUUACAAAUGGGUGUCAAAGGUAUUGUAAUUGAAUAUGAAGAUAUGUUACCAUUACAAGGUAAACUUGCAAAUACAACACAUCGUUUUAGUUAUUCAAAAUCAGAUAUUCAAUUAAUUCAAACAUCAGCUAAAACUCAUCAACUUGAUGUUAUACCAUUAAUUCAAACAUUUGGUCAUUUAGAAUGGUUACUUAAAUUACAACCAUAUGAAUUAUAUCGUGAUGAUUUAAGUUUACCUAUGGUUAUUACACCAUGUUUAAAUACAACAUAUAUUCUACUUGAAGAUCUUUUAACACAAACACUUGAUAUGCAUCCAUUUAGUAAUGUAAUUCAUAUUGGUUGUGAUGAAGUUGUUUUAACAAAUUCUCAUCCACAAUGUCGUGAGACUUCUAUGGAUAUACCAGAACGAUACGUUGAUCAUGUAAAACGUGUUGUUAAAAUUAUUCGUAAAAUUCGACCAGCAAUGCGAAUACUUAUUUGGGAUGAUGUUAUUCGAGGUGAUCAAUUCAUACUGAAUGAAAAAUUGUUAGAAGAGUUAAAAGGUCUUGUCGAACCAGUUGCUUGGAAUUAUCGACCAACAUUUGAGGAAUCAUAUAUUUCGUCACCUAUUUGGAAUAUUUAUUCAAAAUUAUUUUCUAAUACAUGGGCAGCUAGUGCAUUUAAAGGUGGUCUUAAUCGUUAUUCUAUGCAAACAAAUACUUCACAUCAUGUUCUAAAUAAUUAUGCAUGGCUUCAAUUUAUUCAAGCAUCUUCCGCUCAAAAAACAAGCUCAUUUUCUGCUAUUAUAUUAACUGGUUGGUCACGUUUUGAUCAUUUUAUGCCAUUAACUGAUUUAUUACCAACCGCUUAUCAAUCUCUUGUUAGUAGUUUAUAUACAAUUAAUACAGGAAAAAUCAUUUAUAAUGAUUAUAUGAAUGAUUGCGAUGGAUUAAUGAAUUCCAUUGGAAAAGAUUCACAAUUAUGUCAGUCAUUACCAGGUCUUUCAAUUUGGUCAGGUAUAUCAUCUCUAGCAUUAUCUUUAGCACAAAUCGAAGAUCGUUUAACAUUUUUACAUACUGUAUCACCAUCUUAUAAUCGUAAACAUCGAUUUGUGCGUCAUUAUGAACUUGAUUCACGUUUAAAUGAAUUACAAAUGUUACAAAGUGAUUUAUUAACAAUGACGCAAUUGUUAAAUCGUCAUUUAAGUGAACUUUAUUCAUUAGAUAUAGUCGAUGAAUGGUUUGAUCUAUAUUUAUCACCAGUAUUAGGAAGAAUAAAUACAACUUUAAUUGAAUUUUCAUCUGCACGUAAUCAAUCGUCAUGGCCAAGACGACCACUUAUCUAG